AUGGCUUACGCAAACUUGCCCUACACACCCAAGCCCAUUACGGACAUAUUCACGGCCGACACCGAUAUCGACCGCAGAAAGUGCCAGCGUGUCGUGCCCAUGCGUGUCCUUGCCCUUGGUCUCGGACGUACCGGAACUGCUUGUAAGGCAAUCGACGUUCACUGUUCUUGGUCCAACUUCUGA